CCCGUGCGUUAAAAAGAGGCUUUUCGGGUGACUUGCACCACAGAUAGAUUGGACACCAGCCUAAAGAAGUGGUAUCUGCCCUCUCGCUUUGGCAAGCAUGGACCCAGCUUACGGAGGAGGCUACUACAGUGGCUUUGGCCAGGACGGUUAUUCUGUUCCUGGGUAUUACGUGCAGGACGCCGGCUAUAACGCCUCUCUCCACGAGCCUGAGAUGUGGCCUCAUGGCACGGCGGACAACGCGCAAAGCCUCCAUUCGGCCUCGUAUGACGACCAGUCCUAUCCGUUCGGGCAGCCGGCCGCUGAGGAGGCGAGUCUGUACGGAGCGUCGGAGGCACUUGAUUUUGGCGCAGACGACUACUUGGAAUCCCCGACGCUGGGGGGCGGCCUCUCCCCCUCGCCGUCCUCCUCCGUCUCGGGCGGCGACAGACGACGCAAAGUCAAGAUGUAUGACUGGCCGAAACAAGACGACCCCGUGCUGGAGAAGCGCAGGCAGCUGGCGAUAAAGCAGAAAAAGAAGAGGGACAAGGAUGAGCGGGAGGAAAUGCAGACGAGGCUUGGUAUUAAGAAAACAGAAGAGGAAAUUAAGAACAUAAAGGUGGAGAUGGCUAUGAGAGGAUGCAACAUAUCCAUGAUGCAACAGACGCUGGCCGCAUACGAUGUCAACGCCAGCUAUGGGUAUCCAGAGAACGCGUGGGCGGCGGGCUCCCCUGCCCCUCUGUAGCAGCGCCUUUCCCAAACCCUGCGCCAAGGACCUUCCUGACGGGUCGCUGACACAUCACUUCAUCGCCUUGUCUUCCAUGAUUAUUUAAUUCCAUUUAUUCGCUAAUUCUUCCCUUUUGUAACGUAUCAUUAUAUUAAUCUAUAAGUA